AGUGCAAGACAGAGAAGUCAGAGCGAGAGCCCGUUGUGUCAACAGUUGAGUGUGAGUCUCUGUGUGUCAGAGCGCAGCAGCCGGGGCUCCAGCACUGCAGCACCACUCCCCUGUCAGAGCAGGAUCUAUCCGUCUUCUCCCGGAGUCUCCCAGCCCGUCCGCCUGCUGCCACUGGGACUGACUGGACCGCUGUGGGACCGCUCACUGGAUGUCAGCACCCAAAACUGUGGAUGUGAUCAUCAGCAGUCAGCUUUCAUUAUCCAUUUGUGGGGAGCAGCCCAUGGACCUGAGGGUGACCCAGAGGUUGUUACAUCCAGGCCCAGAUUCGGCCAUGCUGACCCCCCGCCCUCCCUUCUUCCUCGGACCCCUCACCGCUCAGCAUUGCUCCCAGUUUUCCCAGCAGCAUUUGCAGUUUAACAUUGAACAGAGGCAAAGAGAGAUGGAGGAGGAGAAAAGAGAGGAGCUACAGCAUCUGAUACGAAAGAAUAAGAAUGAGCAGAGUGCUGUUUCCAGUCCCCUGGUAAGGCAGAAACUUCGGGAACAUAUAAUUAUGAAGAGCCAACCCACCCAUGACAGGGUUACUCCCAACCACACCAGCCCGACACUGGGAUACAAGCUGUCUCCAAAGCCUCAGCCGACGCCCUGCGACCAGCGUAAGGACCUCCCACUGCGCAGAACAGUCUCCGAGCCCACUCUGAAGUGGAAGUUAAAGAAGCUCAUCAAUACGAGGCCAAACCCGCUGCAGAGAAAGAUCAGUGCCCCUCCUGCUGUCAAGCACAGGACAGAAACUCUGGACUCGUCCCCCAGCAGCGGCAGCACCCCAGCAUCAGGAUGCAGCUCACCCAACGACAGCCUCCAUUCAGAUAAUGGUGCCCUUCCGCUGUCUCAUGAGGCACAGAGGUUGCUGCUGAAGGAUGGAAGAUUGGCUCAUUUCACUUUAUCUCCUAAUUCUGCUGUCACGCCAAACAUCACUGCUGGACAUCCUGCACAUGCUAAACUACAAGUAGCCAAGCCCUUGGCAUUAUCUGCUCUGCAUCAAGUCUACUUGCCUCUGGAAGGAAACGGUGCAGCCUUGGCCCAACACCUGCAGCCUGUUCUCAUACUGGACCCACACACUAGACUGGUGCACUCCCAGUUUCUCUCUUUUCAUGGUAUGAGUGCCAUUCCUCUGCAGCAGCACCCUCACCCACCUUCCCCCUCCAGAAGAGAAGGCAACUUGCUGUCGCACAGGCCCGUGGAGCGAACCCGCUCAGAGCCGCCACCCUACAGCCACUCGCCCUUUACUCUGCAUGCCAGUCAGCACCCACAUGCUCAGCACCAGCUGCUUCAGCAGUACCACAAGGGUGGGCUGGAUAGGUUCAAGCAGAACGCACACCUGAACCUGAGCAAGGCAACGGGCCAGUCUAUGGAGAAGCCUCGUCUGACUCAGAUCCCAUCAGAGGACAUGGACCUGGAGGAGACUGGAUCAGGAACAGGUUCGGGACCAGGCUCUGUGUGCUCAGAACAGGAUGACGUGAUGUGUGAUGACGGCUACCGCAGGAGACAGAGCACCACAAGCACAGACUCUGUUUGUGGCACAGAGUCCACAACCUCGUCACGGGAGAGCCUGAUCGAACCCACACAUCCCCACAGUCAGCGGCAGGUGAUCCUCAGACAAGGUUCCCAUCUGGACUCCCUGAGCUUGACUUCCCCAUUAUGGCCUCACCAGCCUCUGAUUCGGACCCGGUCCUCUCCGGCCUCCACCUCCCUGCCUCCUCCAGCCGCCACCAUACCUUCUCUGUCACUCUCCAGCCCUGCUGCAGACGUCCAGCUACGUUUCACCACAGGUCUAGUUUAUGACUCUCAGAUGCAGAAGCACCAGUGUACCUGUGGGGACAACAGCCGCCACCCUGAGCAUGCUGGAAGGGUCCAGAGCAUCUGGUCCAGACUGCAUGAAAGAGGCCUCAGGAACCAGUGUGAGUCUAUCCGCAGUAGGAAGGCCACUCUUGAAGAGCUGCAGUCAGUCCAUUCAGAGAAACAUGUACUUCUGUUCGGAACCAACCCUCUCAACCGCCUCAAGCUGGACAGCCGCAAACUGGCUGGAAUUCUAUCUCAACGGAUAUUUGUGAUGUUACCAUGUGGAGGAGUUGGAGUAGAUGUUGAUACAGUCUGGAACGAGCUUCACACAUCAGCAGCUUCUCGCAUUGCUGCAGGAUGUGUCACAGACCUGGCACUCAAAGUAGCUCAAGGAGAGCUGAAGAAUGGCUUUGCAGUGGUGAGGCCUCCUGGACACCAUGCAACAAAGUCCUCUCCUCAGGGCUUCUGUUUCUUCAACUCUGUGGCCAUUGCUGCCAAACAGCUCCAACACAAACUCAACGUCAGCAAGAUCCUCAUCGUGGACUGGGAUGUUCACCAUGGCAACGGCACCCAGGAGGCUUUCUAUACCGACCCCAGCGUGCUGUACAUCUCUCUGCAUCGCUACGACGAUGGCAACUUCUUUCCUGGUAGUGGACAUCCCAGUGAGGUGGGUGAAGGUCCAGGUGAAGGCUUCAAUGUGAACGUAGGAUGGACGGGAGGACUGAACCCUCCCAUGGGAGAUGCUGAGUACCUGGCUGCAUUCAGAGCUGUGGUGAUGCCCAUCGCCCACGAGUUCUCCCCUGAUGUGGUGCUGGUGUCGUGUGGGUUCGACGCUGUGGAGGGACACUCGCCGUCACUGGGAGGAUACAAGGUCACAGCCAAGUGUUUUGGCUUCCUCACCCGUCAGCUCAUGUCGUUGGCUGGGGGUCGGGUGGUGCUUGCUCUGGAGGGGGGGCAUGACCUCAAAGCCAUCUGUGACGCCUCCGAAGCCUGCGUCAGCGCCUUGUUGGGCAUGGAGGUGGAGCCACUGUCCCAGUCAGUGUUGGACCAGAAGCCUUGUGAAAACGCCAUCCAAUCACUGCAGAGAGUCAUCCAGGUUCAGGGUGAGUACUGGCACAGUCUGAAGGACUCGGCCACCACAGUGGGUCUGUCCUACCUGCAGGCCCAGAGACGCCGGCUGAGGCGAGACUCGGACAGCGAGGCUGUGAGUGCCAUCGCCUCGCUGUCCAUGGGAGCCCUCAUGCCUGACAGGAAUCAGUCAGAAAACUGACAUAGAGGGGAGGGUUCUCUCUGAAGAAACAGUCUCUUGACAGCUGCCUUCAACCAUGUCUGAAUGGACA